GACAUUAUCCAGAGAUAUCUGCAAACUGAUAACUGUCAUUCUUUACUUCAUUCUUCUGAAUGUGAUAUCUCAAAACGGCCAUCAGGGAAUUUUUUCAAAUUUGGCACAAACGUCCACUUGGACCAAAGAAUGAACUGAUAGAUUUUGGUAGUUAAAUAUCAAAGGUCAAGGUCACUGUAGACUUGCAUUUGUCUCAUUCUCGUGAACGCAAUAUCUCAAGAACGGCUGGAGGGAAUUUCUUCAAAUUUGCCACAAACGUCCUCUUUGAGUCAGUGAUGAAAUGAUUAGAUUUUGGUGGUCAAAGGUCAAGGUCAGUAUCACCUUGUGUCCAUCUCAUUCUGGUGAUCGUAAUAUUUCAAGAAAGCCUUGAUGGAAUCUUUGUCAAAUUUGGCACCAACGUCCACUUAGACUUGAGGAUGACCGGAUUGGAUUUUGGUGGUCAAAGAUCAGGGUCACUGUGAACUUGCAUUUGUCUCAUUCUUGAGAAUGCAAUAUAUCUCAAGAACGCCACAAGGGAAUUUCUACAAAUUUAGCACAGAUUCACCUGGAUUUAAGAAUGACCUGAUUAGAUUUUGGUGGUCAAAGAUAAAAGGUCAAGGUCACUGUGGCCUUGCAUCUGUCUCAUUCUUGUGAACCCGAUAUCUGAAGAAGGACGUGAGGGAAUUUUCUGAAGUUUGGCACAAACAUCCACUUAGACUCAAGAUUGAACUGAUUAGAAUGUGAUGACCGAUGGUCAAAGGUCAGUGUGACCUCAAAACACAUGUUUUUAGCCCUAACUCAAGAAUUCAUCCACUAAUUCUGACCAAACUUGACACAAAUGUCUAACAGGAUAAAAUAAUGAAGGUCAAAAGGUCAAAGGUCAGCUUGACUGUGACAUCAUCAUGUUUUAACGUCAUAUCUCAGGAACAGAAGGGGAGACAUUUGGUCAGAUACUGAAUUGGUGACUCUAAUCUUGAACCUGUGCUGAUUGUAUAGAUCUUCUGUGUGUGAAGCAUCCAUGUUUUCACUGACAUGGAGGGAGACUGUCAGAGACACUGGACUGGUGGGCGGAGUCAUACAACCACAGGGUGGACUGGUGGGCGGAGUCAUACAACCGUUAAUUCUAAAGGAACUAAUUCUGUUUUCUGUCGUCUUAUUGGUUCAUAAACAGUCUGUAUGUUGGCAUUAGCAUGUUAGCAUGUUAGCAUCAACAGAACCAGCAGCAUGUUUAAGUUCCUCCAUUUUCACACAAACAGUCAGACGUCUGUUGGAGCUGAAGGAAAAAACAGCAACAAACAUCAUCAGAGGAACUCACGAGUCAAAGAGAUGUGAGGUUUCCUCUCAGUAAACACAAACAGCGAUGCAUCAUCUCCGCUCAGCGUUUGUUUACUCUGUAAACAAAACAAUGACAUCAUCACCUCGACUCACAGAACCAAACCUCAUUUUAGAAAUCCGAACUUUAAGGUUCAUGUUGUUUUAAAGACGUCAGAAGAUAUAAGAUUUAUCUGCUCUGGAAGGUUCUUUAAAAGAAGGAAGGAAGGAGGAGAGCAGAAGAGAAAGGGAUGAAGAGCGGAGGGGAGGAAGGAGACAGGAAGACAGGAAGGCCAGAAAAAGUGGACAGAAAAGAAAGAAGGGGAAAGAAAGGAAUACAAAAAAGGACAGAAGGGAAGAAGGAACAAGAGAUGGAAAAGAAGGGAAGGAGGACAGAAGGAAGGAAGGAUAAUUCAAGAAGGGAUGAGAAAGAACAAAAGGAAGAAGGAAGGAAAGAUUGGUGAAAAAGAGAAAACACAAGGAAAGAAAGAGAAGGAAGGAAGGAAGGACAGAAAGGGAAAAAGAAAUAGGAAUGAAAGAAAGAAAGAACAAAAGAAAGGAAAGAAGGAGGAAGGGCAGAAAUAAAAAGUGACAUAGGUCAAGAAGGAAGGAAAGAAAGGAAGAUAGGUAGGAUAUAUAGGAAAGAAGAAAGCAAAGAAGGAAAGGCAGUUAGGAAAGUAAGAAAGAAAGAAGGAAGGGAGGAAGGAAAGAAGGUAAACAGUGACAUAAGUCAAGAAAGAAGGAAAGAAAGAGGAAAGGAAAUAAUGAAAGGGAAAAGAUAAGAUGAAAGUGUUAAAAGGGAUGAAAGACCAAAGAAAAGACCAAAGAAAGAGAGAAAGGAAGGAAGACAAAGAAAAAUAAGGGAAGAAGAAGAAAAAAGGGAAUAAAUACAAUGUGACAUAAGGCAAGAAGGAAGGAAAGAAAUGAAAUGAAAAGGAAAGUUGAAAAUGAAAAGGGGAAUUAAAAAACUACAAAGGACAAGGGGAAGAAGAAAGAAAGAGGAAGGUAGGAAAGAAACAAAGGAAGCAAAGUAGUAAAGAAAGAGAAGAAGUAAAAGGUAAAGAAAGAAAGAAAGAAAGAAAGAAAUGAGGGCAGGAAGGGAAUAAAUACAAUAUAACAAGGCAAGAAGGAAGGAAAGGAAAAUGAAAGUUGAAAGUGAAAAGGAAUUAAAAACUACAAAGGGAAAGGAGAAAGAAAGAGGAGAGAAAGAAAAGAAGCAAGGUAGGAAAGACAGGAAAGAAGAAAUAGGAAAGAAAGAAGAAAAAAGAUGGUGAGGAAAAAAUGGAUGAAAGAAACGCAAAAGAAAAGUAGGAAAGGAUGAAAGAACUAGGAAACAAAGAGAGAGAGAGAGAGAGAGAGAAAGAAAGUAAGUUAAGAAGAAGGAAGGGAAGAAAGACAAAAGUGGCAUAAGUCAAGAAGGAAGAAAAGAAAGAAAGAAAUAAAAAGAAAGAAGGAAGCCAAGAAGGAAGGAAAGAAAGACUGAAGUGUAAAUUAAUGAAAGAGGGAACAAAGGGAGGAGAGAAAGAAAGACAGACAGACAGAGGGGACUAACGAGCAGAACGGCUCAUUGAGUAUAAAAAUAAAAUCCUAUUUUCAGCUUCACUUAAUUUUCCGGCUCAGUUUGUCUCAGACAUGACGUCAAAACAGACACAUGAAGAAGAACAUGUUUAUUUAUAGCAGGGACAGUAUGGACACAUGGUCACGGAGACAGACGGACGUGUCCCAGCAGAUGUUAACCUGUUAACUGCCCCUGUUUCUGUUAACUGUCUCUGUCCCUGUCUCUGUCUCUGUCUCUGUCUCUGUCCCUGUCUCUGUCUCUGUCUCUGUCUCUGCACCUGUCUCUGUCUCUGUCCCUGUCCCUGUCUCUGUCUCUGCCCCUGCCCCUGUCUCUGUCUCUGUCUCUGUCCCUGUCCCUGUCUCUGUCUCUGUCCCUGUCUCUGCCCCUGUCCCUGUCCCUGUCUCUGUCUCUGUCUCUGUCCCUGUCUCUGUCUCUGUCCCUGUCCCUGUCUCUGUCCCUGUCCCUGUCUCUGUCUCUGUCUCUGCCCCUGUCCCUGUCCCUGUCCCUGUCUCUGUCCCUGUCUCUGUCUCUGUCUCUGUCUCUGCCCCUGUCUCUGUCCCUGUCCCUGUCUCUGUCUCUGUCUCUGUCCCUGUGUCCUAGUGUAUAACUGGACGGUGGAGCAGGUGGUGGACUGGCUGGUCGUCAGCGUGGAGCUUCCUCAGUACACAGAGACCUUCAGGAAACACCAGCUGGAUGGAAAGGCCUUACCCAGGCUGGCAGUGAAGAACACCACCCUGACUGUGUCCCUGCUGAAGAUCUUGGACAGGAGUCAUGCUCAGAAACUGCAGCUCAAAGCUCUAGACAUUGUGCUGUUCGGACCUCCACCAGGCAGACACAGCCGGUGGAAGGAUCUGGUUCUGGGUCUGUCCAUCCUGAUGGCGUUGGGUGGCUGCUGGUUUGCCUACAUCCAGAAUAGGAAGUCCAAAGACGACCUGGGGAAGCUGGUGAAAGAUUUGGAGGGUCUGCAGAGGGCUGAGCAGAGCCUGCUGGACCUGCAGGCGAAGCUGCAGAAGGCUCAGGAGGAGCAGCUCUGCGUUCAGGUGGAGAAGGUGAAGGUGGAGGAGGAGCUGAGGAGCGAGAUCAACUCGGCCAAACAGGAAGCUCAGCGGCUCCAAGAGCUCCGAGAAGGAACUGAGAAUGAGAGGAGCCGACAGAAAUACGCUGAGGAGGAGCUGGAACAGGUAGACAGGCGUCAGGUGGUUGGCAGGUGUGGCUUCGAUAAUCAGCCGUCACUGGGCACUCAUGUUCGUAAAGACUCACCUCUGUGUGUCUAUACAUGGAAGGUCCGUAUGGCGCUGAAGAAGGCGGAGAGGGAGCUGGAGUCACGGGCUCACUGGGCUCCACCUGAGGCUCUGCAGAAGUGGCUGCAGCUGACGCACGAGGUGGAGGUUCAGUACUACAACAUCAAGAAGCAGAGCGCAGAGAGGCAGCUGCUGCAGGCCAGAGAGGGGGCAGAGAAGAUCAAGAAGAAGAGGAGCUCUCUGUUUGGAACGUUUCAUGUAGCUCACAGCUCCUCGCUGGACGACGUCGACCACAAGAUUCUCUCUGCCAAACAGGCCCUGGCCGAGGUGACGGCGGCGCUGCGGGAGAAGCUUCAUCGCUGGCAGCAGAUCGAGUGUCUGACGGGUUUCUGCCUGGUCAAUAACCCUGGCCUGGGAGCGCUAGCUGCCGCCCUCAACCUGGACCCGUCUUUCCUCGGCCUGAGACCUCCCACCCCUCAGCACCUCCUCCUCUCCGAUGACCUUGACGACAUGGACGAGGACAUCCUGUCUCCAGGGACGCUGCAGUCUCAGAGUCUGAUGCCCCUGCGACCGAGGAUAGGAGACCCCGCUCUGACAUUCAGCUCUCAGAGGGACAUCAUGAACCGCUCAGACUCUGACUCCUCCCUCCCUCUUUCUCACGGCGAAUCACGAAGCUUGUACGGCUCCAAGCCCUUCCUCCUUUCAUCCAGGCUCCACCCCCUGCAGGGCUCCGGGGUCGGUGGAGGAGGAGGAGCAGGAGGAGGAGUAGGAGGCCUGGAGAAGAGCUCCAGUCUGGGAGAGCUGAGGGGCAGCCCUGCUGGCACCCUCGCCUCGUCCUGCUCCACCCGCUCCCUCUGCGUCACGUCCGACGCCGCCACCGACGUCCCAGCCAUCUUCUCAUCUUCCACCUCGUCCAGCUCUUCUAACAGCGGUCGGGGGACAGGCAUCCAGCUCCCGACCAGGCGGAGCCCAUUGGAGGAGGACGGAGGUGAGGAGAGCGAAUCGUCCGGCAGCCGCAGGAGAAACGCUUUUAAUAAGAUCUUUAAGAAGAAGCAGGGACGCCACUGAACGCCGCUGCGUCUGAACUCAGACAAAACUCACACACCUGCUUCUGUCCGCUACUGACUCAUGACGAGACCUUCAUCUUCAUCACAAUGAGAUCCUCACCUUCAUUGUGAUGUAGGAACCAAACUGUCGCUCACAGGGAACAUGUUUUUUUUUUUAACGCUUCACUCAGGCAUUUUUUAUAUCAACCUUUUCUGCCAAAUGAUUUUAUUUUUCUGUCAGACUGAGAAAAGAUCAGAUUUUUGGACUCACCGAGGGAAAACAUACGACGCUCCUCACAACGCCCAGGGGACACGGAGACGAACGAUUCCUACAAAGACACAAACCAAAGAAGAAGAACAAGAGGACGACUGACGACAGUGAAAAUAGAUAAUUUGUACUUUUACUUCCUGUUUAGUUUUUCAGAGAAAUUUUGAUGAAGAGAUUUAAAACUUAAAUAGACCCUUUUAAGGCCGAUAUCACGAUGACAUCAUGUUAUCAGCUGGAGGUGCAGCUGCCUCUCCCCCACAGGGCUGUAGGCUCCAUAGGAGUGUUAAAAUGUGUUUGUCUUGUUGUGUUAUUGGGAGCCAGAAUAGAAGGAGUCAUGGCUCAAAACCAGCCGCCACUGCCCGUCAACAAAAACAAAGACAACUAUGGUUAAAUGUGAUAAGACCAAAGGACUGGACGGAGGCCAUCAUCAAAAAUGCUCACAUGUGCAGCGCACACUUCAUAUCAGGUUAGGGAAAAAGUAUUUCCUGUUGUAGGGAUGAAUAAGGUUAUGUGUAUUAAGGGUUAUCAUGUCCACCUCAUCAGAAACUGGGGAGGGAUUAAGAGGAAUAUUGGAUUUCUCUGGAACGCUAACUUUUUAGCACAUUAGCUAACGUUAGCUUCCAUAGCAAAACAAACAAGUGUGGUCCUCCUUUGUAAGAUUGGCUUCCUGUGACAUCAUCCAUCCACUGAGUGAGAGCAUACGGGUCGGCCAGUCUGGUCCCGUUGGUCAGUGUUUACUUAUUCAAGUAACACUGGCGGUCCCGGAGAGUGAGUGACCUGACAUGGUGCGUUGGUAAAUUCAGUCUGACGCUCUACACUAAAAUGAGAGCCCUGUUGGUGGAAGAAACGGAGCGUUAUAUUUCUACAUGAAUGAACCAACGGUUAAGUUAAUCACACAUUCACUCCGCUCGGCGCUCUGCUGCUCCGUCUCCACAGACAGAGUGUCCAGAGUGCGCUCUGCCACUCUGAGAGUGCGCUGCUCUGGAUAACCCAACGCUACAUUCAGACAGCGCUCCCAAUUUAUCAACGCUCCAGUUUGUGUCAGAGUGCGCUCCCACACUCAGAAUGAGUGUUUCUGAACGCACCACUCACAUCAUCUUCCUCCAUCGUCUAAAACAAGACAACACAACUUGUUAGCUAGCGCUAGCUAAUGUCUGUGGAGAACUGUUUUGCCUCCAGCUAAGCCCCGCUAAUUGAACAGGUCUGCCAUAUAGUACGCCAAAAAAGAUUUAGUAAGUCUAAAUACAGAGUAUGUCAAAUGUUAUGUUCUACUACAUCCGGCUGUAUUUUACAGUGUGUAAGCCAGCGUGCUUUACUGGCUGUUCUGACCCACAAUCCUCUGCACAGAGGACGAUAUGUCACAUCAACUGAGCCGCAAACAGAUGACAGCUCAUUGACAGCUGUCAUCUGUUAAAGUGAAUAAAAUAAUAAAUAUAUUUAUUAUAUAUUAUAUUAUAUAUUAUAUAAAUAUUACAAACAUCUAAAGGACAUAACAAUAAAAAAUAACAGUGACAGAGAACUGCAGGUGUAAUUUCACUGUCACAAAUAUAAUCUGUUAGCAUCUGCAAUCUGAGCAGUUAUAACUUUAAAUUUAAACUACACGUCACAAAGUAAUAACAGCAGAGCUCUGCAGGUUGAUCUUCGUCUCUGGCGAACUCUGUAAGUGGUGUUUGCUAUAUAAAAACAAGAGGGUCAGAGUUCAGGGCAUAACGUUAUGAGACAGUCGUACGUCCAGACUGUGUUCAUGAAACAGUACGUACGUUUUAAAGGCAGCUGCAGUAACGACUGAAAGUAAAAAGAAAGAGUAUGCGAUUCAGAACGCAGCUGUUACUGCCUCCUUUGUUUAUGUUUGUCAGAUGCAUGAUGGGAACUCACAUGGUCGUCUGUAAAUGCCUUGUUUUGUUUCAUAUGUAUAUAUCAGAGUGAAGUUUAUCUUGAGUUUCAGUUUUUAUUUUGGUGCAUGGUGGAAAAAAUCUGAUGGUUUUAUAUCUGAUAGUUUCAUUUUGUCACUUUGAGAUUCAACUAUUCAUCGAUCACCAGAAAAUUAAUCUGCAAUCAUUCAGAUAAUUUAUGGUUUUAGUCAAUUUUUAAGCAAAAAUGCCAACGUUCUUUGUUUCCAGCGUCUCCAGUAUUAUCAUUUACUGAUUUUUAGUUUUAUCUGAAUUUGAACAUUUUGUUGUUUUGUGUUGGUCGGACAAAACAAGAGACAUCUGAAGAAAUAAAAAGUGUUUUUCACUCUUUCCUGACA